AGUAGUCGACAUUUUACAGCUGUUUCCCGAAAUUUUGGCAUAUUCGUCAUCGAAAUACUGCAUUUACAACGAUGUCAUCUUGUAAAAACUUGAUAUAGUGAUAUUUCUUAAAAAAGCGAAAACAUUUUGAGAGAUUUUGCAUUUCAAAUCAAACCAUGGCACAAGAACUUCCAAAAAAUCACUCCGAUUCUGCAAAAAAGGAGGAACUUGAGUCGUCUGUCACCGUCAUAGAAAAACAAGCACAGAGACGCAUAUUCAAGAUAAUUGUAAUUGGUGACUCCAAUGUCGGAAAAACGUGUUUGACAUACAGGUUUUGUAGUGGGAAGUUUCCUGACAAAACAGAAGCAACCAUUGGCGUUGAUUUUCGAGAAAGAACUGUCGAAAUAGACAAAGAACAAGUCAAGCUACAACUUUGGGAUACAGCCGGCCAAGAGAGGUUCCGAAAGUCUAUGGUCCAGCAUUACUACAGAAAUGUACACGCCGUUGUGUUUGUCUACGACGUCACGAAGAUGAGCUCGUUUGACAGCAUGCCUAGUUGGAUCGAAGAGUGUGACAGACACAACCUGAACAAAGAUAUACCCAGACUUCUUGUUGGAAACAAAUGUGACAUGAAACUGCGUAUUGCUGUUAAUACAAAUCUGGCCCAGAAGUUUGCUGACUCCCAUAGUAUGCCUCUGUUUGAAACAUCAGCCAAAGAUGACGAGCGUGCCAACCAUGUGGAUGCUAUUUUCUUGACACUUGCUCAUAAGCUAAAGAACAGUAAACCGCUUAUGUCCCCGUAUAUCAGCGGCGAGAAUUCAGGUCUGCCGAGUAAUGUUCAAGUUAUCUCCAUCGGGAAAAGUUCCCAGGGAAAGGGUCUACAAUCCAUGGGUGUGGAAAGCGACAAAAAGGAUUCUUGUGCUUGUUAAUCAAUACCAAUAUAUAGCUGCUGUUUAUCUUUACCAAUAGUAUUUCAUCAAUUGUUAAAACUUAUACAGAAUAUGAUCAUAACUUUCAUUGAUUUUUAUAUCAGAAUGAUUUGACAAUGAAAACAAAACCAAAUUAAAGCGUGCCAUAAUAUUUAUCUGAAAAUAAGCCCCUGCCCACAAAUAAGCCCUCUUCAGUUUCGCUGAAUCAUCAAUUUUAAGAUAUUAAGCGAAAAUUGGUUCACAAAUAGCCCUCUUCAAAAUUUAUUCUUGAACUUUGACACUAGGGCGACAGGGGCUUAUUUCAGGAUAGACAUGGUACUAGCUUGUUUUCUUAUCAAUAUAACAUCAACUAAUACUUAAACCUUAUUUCUGUGUAUUUUGACAAAAAUUGUAAAUAUAUUUUCAUAAAAAAAGUCAGAUUUUGGAUCAAUACUACUUACGUUACUGAACUUUGUGGGAAUUGAUCAUGACUUGCUAUAUAUAUGUUUUCCUACAAAGUGGUGUCAUUCAUUACAACUAUAAAUCCCAUAUCCUGACGAUUAAAUGCUUUAUUACAUUAUAGCUUUGUAUGAUAGCUGGUCCCAGUUUCAUCAAUGUUCUGUAACUUAACUGGGUUAGGAAAUUCCUUACUUAAAAUUUUGCAUUAUUGGAUUUUAGGAAAAUUAUUUAGUUAAGUAACUUUCCUUUAAUUAUUGGGGCUGCUGUGGCCGAGUGGUUAAGAAUUCCCGAUACUUUAUCAAUAGCCCUCCACCUCUGGGUUGCGGGUUCGAAACCCACGUCAGGCAGUUGCCUAGUACUGACUGUAGGUCAGUGGUUUUUCUCCGGGUACUCCGGCUUUCCUCCACCUCCAAAACCAGGCAUGUCCUUAAAUGACCUUGGCUGUUGAUAGGAUGUUACACAAAAUAAACCAAAUCAAACCUUUAUUUAUGGAAACAUUUUCAUUAUGGAAUUUCCUUUAUAUAGAUUCAUUGCAUUUGUGUUAAGAAAUUGGAAAUUUAUAUUUUCAUUUUUGGGAAAAAAUGGAAAACUUAAACUAUACUUACCCUGGUAAUCAUUUUAGAGCCAAAACAAGAAAUAUGACUUUGUUUCGUUAGUUCAUCUUUAUACAUAAUUAACAGACACUCAGUUGUUUUUUUUCCCAGUUCCUGCACAUGUAUUUCCUAAUUAUGUAAUAGUAAGAAACUUGAUAAUAUUGGAGAAUCAACAUUACGGAUGUUGCAAAAAUCCGUAAUAUUGUUGUUCCAAUUGAUCAGUUUACCAGGUUACGACUACUGUGGUAGUGAUUUUACCUCUGACUAUUGUAUAUAACGGUCAGGAUUUUCAAUAAUCGAUCAUAGUUUGAAAGCUUUGGAAAUUUUUUAAAAAUUUACAGCAGAACUGAAAAAGAGUAUAUGAGCUUUUUUCUAAAUGAAUCUAUUGUAAAAAUGAUGCAUUUAAACAAUAUCAAAAAAUACAUCUAGCCCACUGUGGUGAUAUUUCCCCUUUCUUUUCAUCAUUGAUCAAUCAUAAAUCAUUUGAGAAAUUGUGAUGAAUAAUCAUAGCUUUUAAAGCAAUACUUCACACUUAGUGGUACCAUAUAUAUAAAUCCACGAGUAAGCCCCUUUUUCUCCAUUUUUGUUUAAUCAUGUGGGUGAAAGAAAAAAAACCUAAGCUAAAAUGCUUCACAAAUAGUCC